CCUUUCUCUUUUUCUCUCAUCCAUCUCAGCCAUUGUCUUUGUUUCUUAUUAUACUUCAUACCUGGACUCCAGUUAAUCUCUAAUUCACCUCCCAUACACUACUAUCACAAUGAAGUUCUCUCUUACCCUCGCUAUCAUGGCCUCCGCCGGCCUCGUCGGCGCCGUGUCCGAGUCCAAGUGCGCUCGCAUGUGUAUCGACAACAUGAACAAGAAGGCUGAGGACUUGGGCUGCAAGUCUGGUGACCAGCACUGUCUCUGCGACGCUGAGAACUACUCUUUCGGUGUCCGUGACUGCACUUCUCAGGCCUGCCCUGAUGACGACUCUGCCAAGGUUGUCCAGAUCGCUCUCUCCACCUGCCCUUCUGACACCACGUCUGGUCAAAAGGCCAACGGUGACUCUAGCUCUAGCUCCAGCGCUGGCUCUGGCUCUGGCUCUGGCUCUGGCUCUGCCACCGCCUCUGGCUCCGACAGCGACUCGACCGGUACCGCUACUGACGGUGGUGCUGGUGCUGGUGCUGCUUCCACUGGCGCCUCUGGCGACUCAUCCAACACUGCUUCCGGCAACAACGCCUCUGCCACCGGUUCCGACUCUGGUGCGGCCACUGGCUCUGACGCUUCUGGCUCUGCUACCGGCUCUGACGCUGCUGGUGCCUCUUCCACCGGCUCUGCUGCCAGCAACUCUGCUUCUGCCACCUCUUCCGGUGCUGAGUCGUCUCCUGCCUCUGGCUCCAACGCUUCUUCUACCCUGAGCACUGCCACCAGCACUGGUACCGGUGCUUCUUCCUCUGAGACCGGCUCUUCGGACUCGGACUCUGACUCGGACUCGGACUCUGGCUCUGGCUCCGGCUCUGACGGCGCCUCCUCCAGCUCGUCCGCUGGCGGUGCUGAGAACACCGAGAACGCUGCUCCCCGCAUGGUCCUCGGCUCCGGCGCCAUGGGUGUUGCCGGUGUCGCCGCCCUCUUCGCUCUCUAAGCGAGUCGCGGAUAGGAUACCUCACCAAUCUUCGUAUUUGGUAAAAACUUUUUUUUCUUAAUGUUUUCAAUAUUCACGGGUUACGAUGUCUGUACGUCGCUGGGUGUGAAUUGUACAUUUACUUGACCGUCUGGAUACGCACGGUCAUUGGUUAUGACUUAUUACU